AUGCCACCACCACACACCCUCACCCUCUUCGGCACCCUCACCGAAGCCAAACGCAUCUUCAGCGCCCACUCCCGCCACUUCCUCGCCUUAUCCGUCCUCUUCCUCCUCCCUCUCUCUUUCUCUCUCAUCAUUUUCCCCACUCUCCAACUCUCUCUCACUCAAUCCUACGUCGUUUCUACUCAAUUCCUCACACUCCACCCUACACACCCACACCUCCCCCAACACUUCACUCUCCCCCUCAUCUACACACUCUUCAUCUACACCUUCUUCCUCUGUGCCACAGCCACAAUCACCUACAGCACCUUCCACGGCUUCUACGGUAGACCCGUCAAGUUCUUUCCCGCCAUUAAAUCGUUAAUCUCCUCCUUUUUCCCACUCGUAUGCACCACUUUUGCAGCUACACUUGUUCUGUUUACAAUCUCACUAACUUUGUUCUUGUUGUUUAUGGUGAUUGUUAUUGUAGGUGAAAACCUAGGGUUUGUAAUUGUAAUUGAUUACAAUUCGUAUUACUUUAUGGUGUUGUGUACUUUAAUUGGUGUAGUGUUGUGUUUGUUAAUGAUGUGUUUGUUAGUGAACUGGUCGCUGGCUUGUGUGGUGGUUGUGACGGAGUCAAAAUGGGGGUUUCAGCCGCUAUGGCGGAGCGCGUAUUUGGUUAAGGGAAUGCGGUCGGUUUCGGCGUCGUUGAUGGUGCUGUUUGGGGUUUUGGUUGGGUUUUGGGUGUGGAUGAACGCGAGUGAUGUGUUGUGGUUUGAUGCUGUGGAUGGAUGGAGGAGCUGGCCUUUUGUUUUGCAGUUGGUUGUCGGUACGAGUGUCUUGACUUUGUUUUUGCUUCAUAAUGUGUCGGCGAAUACCGUGUUGUAUAUGUACUGUAAGGCUUUACAUGGUGAACUGGCGAUUGAGAUUGCCGAGGAGUUUGCUCGCGAGUAUGUUAGUUUGCCGUUUGAUGAUGAGAAGGUGCCUCAUGUUGUUACAGUUUUUCCAGGUGAAUGA